AUGUCACACUCUACUCCUGUCAAACCUAGCAGUCGCACUGGGAACAAUCAGCCCUCCUCUGAUGCGCUUCGUAAACAAGAAGUGCUCAAGAAUCUCCUCCAAGACGAAAUUGGUGAUCAAACGUGGCAGUUCGACGCCGAAAGGGUCUCCCGUAUGCUUUCUCCCAAAUGUCUCAAGCCGGGCGGGGACUAUCACUUUUUGGACAAUCACGACUGCGACGUCGACAAACGCUUCUUCAAGGCGGCCCUCACACGAGCCAAAUCGGACCUAGAAAAGACCCUCUCUUGGAACAAAGUCUCAAUUGGCCGCCCGACAAUGCGGGGGAGCGGCAUUGUCAAGGAUAUUCCGACACAGCCCCCUAACGUCGCGCCUGAGACGACGUCGCAAGGUGCUCCUUCGUUGAAAGCCUUUACCACCGCUCCUCUCAGACGAUCGCCAAGGCUUCGUACUCCUGCCGCACACCAACCGAAUGCAGAGUCUUCGUCUUCGAGCCAAAUCAAGAAACCCUCUUCAAAGCAGACCAAGAAACCGCCUUCCAAGACAACCGCUCAAGCAAAGCCUACCACCGCAGAAGGAACACCAAGCGAAGGCACGACGAAGAAUGAAAAGACGACACAGAGUGAGUCAUGCCCCAUCACGCCUUACAAACGAGAAAACGACAUUGGAUACUUCGAGCCUAGAGGAUUUACCCCGUCACACGAGACGCAAGACCUACGAAAAGAAUUUCAGAAACCACUGAUCGUCAAGAUCUCCUGGCAGCAGGACGAACUCAAAGAGGUUGAGCCGGGGAUGUACAAGGCAUCCAAUGGGAGGUUUGGUACUGUUUCCCAUCUCUGCUCAAAGGAUGAGAUUGAAUCGGCGUUUUGGAAACUUUUCCGAGAUACCCCGCCGAUUGCGGCGGAGACCCGCACUAUGUGUUACUCCUUCUUUUCACUCGAAGGCCGCUCGCUUGUUGAGGCCGAAAGCUCACGCGAGCUUUGUGAAGCACUCAUCCACGGCGUCAUUGGGAACUUACUCCUCUGUCCCAACUCUGUUGAGAAAAGUGCUUUUAAAAUAGCAGCAGAUUUCCGCCAGACUGCCACAAAGCCAGCCCAAGAUUUGACGUCGCUCUUUGAAGGUCUUUCGAUCGACUCUAUGCCUCCUAAGUUGAGUGACCUGGAGGAGCAGAUGACGCGGGUGGAGCGACUUGUCAAAGAAUUGGGGGCAUCGACGAAGUGCAUCGCUUUUGUGACCGAUGGCGAUAAGGCUAUUUGCUGGGCAUCCUAUUUCCAAGGCCAUAACCGUGGAAGCGAUGAGAGAUCGGGUACAUCAGAGUUCAUGUCUCCCAGGCUCCUCGAGUCCAUAGAGGACGGUACCAGGUAUCUCCAGUCCCCUGUUGAUGAUCUCUUCUCUGUGUAUUGGGUGGCGUUGUGGGCAAUCCUCAACAACAUCCCUACUUCUAGGAGGUCUGACUAUGAGGUGAGGUGGAGAAGGAAGAUCGCAGAGGGGAGUGACGCUAGGGCUGCUGCUUCUGUGGCCAUCUGCAAACUCGUAGAUCCAGAAGAAACGUCGCACAGUCCUAUCCGACAGUCGGAGUAG